AUGACCAAUAAUCAUACUUUACUAAGAACCAAUUUACGGCUUGAAAUUGUAGUAGAAGUAUUUCUUGAUAGAAACGCAGUAGUUGAGACUACUCGAAGAGUCGUCGUAGAAGUAUUUCUUGGUGGCAACGCAACAGUUGAGACUACUCGAGGGGGUAAAAUAACCGAAAUCAAUAAUAGAGUCAAUUUAUACUUACGGCUUGAAGUCGUCGUAGAAGUAUUUCUUGGUGGCAACUCAACGGUUGAGACUACUCGAGGGG